AUGGAGGAGCUGAAGUCUGUCUAUUAUGGCUUGGAUAUAUUGAGUGAGCCAGUAGUCAGUAGUCAGGACAUACCUGUAGGAGCUGUUCAUGUUACAUCCAAGUAUGGACAGCAGUAUCAGUGCACAUUCCCAAACCUCAGUCUGGAUGAGAAGAGGAAGGAAGAGGAGGAGAAACUGGCGAUUGAGACUGGUAUUGUUGAGAUGCUGAAACCUAUGGGACUCAAUGAUUGUCUCUUCAAGUCAAAAGAUUGGUGGAGCUACGAGUUCUGCUAUGGAAAAUACAUUAGACAGUUUCAUAUGGAAGACGGGGAGAUCAAAGGAAAUAUAAUUUACUUGGGUUACUUUCUCGAGGACUUUGACUGGACCAAUGAAACUGCCAGGGAAGACAGGGUAAAGAGUAAAUCUGCAUUGAACCGCUACCAUUCUCAGUACUACACCUUGGGCACUAAAUGUGACUUGACCGAUCAUAUGAGGAGGGCAGAGGUCAGGUUUAUGUGUGAAGAGAAUUCCGAAGACUACCUGUCACGGGUCGAUGAGUCUGAAACUUGUGUCUACACGGUCACUGUAAUGACAUCCAGGAUCUGCCGGCACCCAUACCUGAAGGCUCCAGCCAAGAGAAAGUCAGUCCCCAUCACUUGCAACCCUCUUCUUUCCUCCAAUGAGUUUGAAGACUACAUUCAGGAUAAAGAAGAGAAACACAAGAAAGAAGAGGCCCUGAAAAUAGCAGCAAAGGAUGCGCUCAGCAAAGAAGAUUUGGAUCUGGACCUGUCAAAGACAUUGGAAAAUGAAAUGUCCUUAGCUGCUAAAGAGCUUCUUGAUGAUGACAAGAGCUCAUUGUCCAAAGAAAAUUUUCGGAAGUUGCAAGGGGGAGAGCAAUCAGUCGUGAAGAUGCAGCAGAAUGGGUUGAAACAAAGCUUGCAAGAGGUGUUGGAUUCUGAGGCUGAAGACACCAGCUCGGAGAAAGGAGAAAUUGGAGAGAAAGAAGAAAAUGUUCCAAAUGAAGACGAUGAGGUUUUAUCUCAAUUUGAUAAAGAGAUUAGUACAAUCAAAGCAAAGUUCCAAUCCUCCCAGAAUAAGUUGUCCAGCAUCAAGAGAAAGCUGGGCAUUGAGCGACACUGGGAGUCAGAGAUUGAGAAUGCUAUUAAAGAGGCAGAACAGGAAUUAGGUGUGAAGGUUGACAGAAGUCUAAUCUCUGGUCUCUCCAACACACUGGACAAGUUGGUCAAUAAGCUGCAUGACACGGAGAGAG